AUGAAUAGACAGACGAGAGUCAAGCACGGUUGUUUCGGAUUGACUGGACGGUGUGUAAAGAAGGAUUUUGCCAUAGUCACAACUACAAGGCGACAACUACCUCAUCUUCUAGUUGCCGGGGCCGACCAAAUCAAAUUGGUCUUCGAAUCCGAUCACGAUUUUGUGACUUCAUUUGGUCGUAACUUCCAAUUUUCAGGGUCCACUUGUAAUGUUGGAACCUCUGCCGUGAAGACUACCCCUCCGCGUCCCUGCAAGAGCUUGACGUCUCAGCAUGCCUCGGUCAGACAACAACGAAUACCGGCCAUAGCGACGGAGGAGGCCCCCAGUUGA